AGUGACGUGCGGCGGGCGGUUUGAAGGCGCGACGCGGCGGCGGUUGAGCUGCUGCCGGGCGUUGUUGCUGUUGCCGGGAUGGAGCCGCUGCAGCGAGUGAGGGACGCGUCCAAAGCCCUGGGGAAGCUGGUGGCUCACAGCGCUGCCGCCGGUGGAUCCGUGGAGGCCGGGGCGGCCUCGGGGCUCGGGGCUGCGGCUGGCGAGAAGCUGGACCUGGUGACCCUGCUCCGACUAAGAGAACAAAUAAAACAGCAACUUAUGGAAUAUAGUACAACAGUUCAUGCAGGUGAAGAAAGCAUUCCAGACCAAGCCAUAGAAGAAAAGCUAAUUGAGGCUGCUGCAGAAGAUCUGGAAAGAGAAACGGAACAAGUUAAAGUCUCCUUUCAAAACAAAACACUGGUGUUACAAAGGAUCCAGCUUAUAGAUGCCCUCAGAACCAAACUGAGACACAAUGAUGCCGACUCAAAGUUGAUCUUGGAAACUAUAAAACACAUAAUAAUGCUUAGUACUGCAAUACUUGAAUCUCAGCAGGCAACACGUGAGUUGGAAGAAAAACUGAAUGAGAUUAAAAAAAGGAGAUUCGCACUAAAGCAAGCUGGAGAACACAAACUGCUACAGAUACACACUCUGAAGAAAAAACAAAAAGAGGAACUAGAGAGCAUGGAAGUGGGUGAAAUGUUAAAGAAACUAUGUAGAAACUUGCAAAAAGAAACACAGAUGACUACAUUAAUUCAAAAUAUCUUCCAGGGCAUCAUUAUUGGAAGUAAAGUCAACUGGGCAGAGGAUCCAGUUUUGAAGGCAAUCAUUCUACAGCUUGAGAAAAAUGUGGACUGUAUCUGAAUAAGCCACAAGACUUUUUUUUUUUUUUAAGCUAUAGUUUUUAUAUAAUAUGCACCAAUAAACCGGAGUUCAACUAGACUGACACAAGUAAUGGUAACAAUAGCAAGACAAUUUAAGAGACUCUGAAAAAAGGACCUUUCUACAAGUGCAUUUCCUCUGCUAUGGUGAUUCAGAUGUGCAAUUACACAGUUGGUGGUGCAAAACUGAAUCAUUAUUUUAAGGACUUAGAUUGUAACAUUACAGUCUGAGCUGAGGUAAGUGCAUAGUUGCUCAAGUCCAAGGAAAGGACUGCAGCUGUCUAAGUCCUGUCUGUCCCUCCACACCAAGGAGCACAGUGAUCUGCUAUUGGCAGGCAUAUUGAAGGCUGGAAACAAGGCUCUGCUUUCUUCCCUCGUCUUCCUGCCUGGGAGUGGGAGUAGCAGUCCCCCUGGUGCUGUUCCUCCCUGAAGUGUGACUCUCAUUGUGGGAUAGCCUGUGCAGGAAAGUAAGGUGGCAUCUCACUCCCCUAAUUCCCCUGCAUCCUCUCCUAAGGACAUGUCCCAGUACUGCACAUUGUGUGUACAGUC